AUGUCUUUUGUCAACUCUGUUUUGGGGAGACCUGGUAGGGCAAAUCCUUGGGCACCAUGCUGACGGACCUGGAGUGUGCCAUGAACUCCCUCAUUGAGGUCUACCACAAGUACUCCCUGUUGAAAGGGAAUUACCAUGCCAUCUAUCAGGAUGACUUGAAGAAAUUGUUAGAGACGGAGUGUCCUAAGUUUUUGGAGAAAAAAGAUGUAGACACCUGGCUCAAAGAGUUGGACAUCAAUGAGGAUGGUGCACUUAACUUCCAGGAGUUCCUCUCACUGGUGAUAAAGGUGGGCCUGGCAGCCCAUGAAGACAUUCACAAAGAAUAGCAGAGCUAUAGAGCCCUGGUUCUGGUCCCCUGGACUUGUCCCCUCAGAGUAAUAAAGUAAUUGAUACCUCA